UCAGAGUAAUCCUCUUGUCCACCGACAUGAAAACUAUUAUCACUCCUCUCGACCUUUCCAGCUUCUUCUUACUCCUCGGCACUAUACUAGUGACCGGAGAUUCCACCUUUCAGAUCAACCUCAAUUGUGGCUCUCGCAAUAACACGGUGGAUCAAUAUGAUUCUCGAAUUUGGACGGGAGAUAUCAACUCAAAGUUUUUUCUCAAAGAUCAACUCGGUAGCGCAUCCCAAGUAGCAGAAGCACCACAGUUGCCCUCGACGGACAGCAAAGUACCGUACACUACAGCUAGGCUUUCGUACUCGGCAUUUACUUAUAGAUUUCCUGUUAGUCCAGGCCAGAAGUUCAUCCGCUUGUAUUUCUUCCCAACUUCAUACAACGCAAACUUCGACAUCUCGAAAUCACUCUUUUCUGUCAAAGCCGGUGGUUACAGACUUCUCAAAGACUUUAACGCUUCUCUCAGUAGUACAAAUAACAACGACGCUGAGACGUUUAUCAAAGAAUACUGCAUCAACUUUGAACCAGAACAGAUGACUCUGAACAUCACAUUCACUCCCAGCAAUGGCGCAUACGCGUUUAUAAACGGGAUUGAAAUCAUGUCCAUGCCAACCAAUCUUUACUAUUCGCGAUCGGCAGCUGAAAGCGAUGGGGCUAAUUAUCUCGGCACCGAAACUAGCUAUCACGUUGAGAACAACAGCGCUCUAGAGAUGAUCCACCGAAUCAAUGUUGGUGGCAGCGCAGUAUCUCCGAAUGAAGACACCGGCAUGUACCGCACCUGGUAUCCAACGGACGAUAUCUACUUAGAUGAUGAAAGUAGCAACUUGAGCCUUGUCUACAAGAGAAAAAAACUUGAUCUGAAUUUUGCAAUCAUUCCGAACUACACUGCGCCGGAGGAGGUGUACCAAACGGGCCGGACAAUGGGACGGAACCAGAUCAUCAACAGGACCUUCAAUCUCACCUGGGGGUUCUCGGUUGAUCCUCAAUUUUCUUACCUGGUGAGGCUCCAUUUCUGUGAGAUUGAUCCGGAUAUCACCAUGGUUAAAGGUAGAGUGUUUCAGAUUUUCAUAGCUAAUUUAACAGCUGAACGCAAUGCGAACAUAGUCGAAUGGACUACAAAGCUAGGAUAUAAAGGAAAUCAAAUUCCCAUAUAUAGGGACUACUUUGUGCCCAUGUCGAGUCUUGGAAACCAGCAGAAAGGGUUAGUUAAACUCUUUGUCCAGCUACAAGCGAAUCAAGACGAUCCAAGCAUCUUGUUCAAUGGUCCGCUCUUGAAUGGGCUCGAAAUCUUCAAACUCAAUGACACAGACGGCAAUCUUGGCGCACCCAUCCAAGAGCUACCGCCAGAUAUCCAGCCAAAAGUGACUUCGCAGAGCUCUAAACCCUCUACUAAGAAGUCGAUUCCUAUGCUUGCUAUUCUCGCCGGUGCAGUUUCUGUCUUACUUGUUCUUUCCCUCGUCGGGUUUCUUAUUUUCAGGCGUAAAAGAAAAGUCGAUGACUCCAGCUCCAGCAAAGGAACGAAAUGGGGGCCAUUCUCCUUUUCAACGACCAAGUCAACCAAGUCUCAUGGCUCAGCUCUACCGUCGGAUCUGUGUCGCCACUUUUCACUGGCGGAGAUCAAAGGCGCCACCCAAAACUUCAACUCUGUUUUCAUAAUCGGCGUUGGCGGGUUCGGUAACGUGUACAAAGGGUACAUCGAUGGUGGGUCCACACCGGUGGCGAUAAAGCGGCUGAAACCGGAUUCAUCACAGGGGGCGCACGAGUUCAAGAACGAGAUCGAGAUGCUGUCCCAACUCCGGCACCUCCAUUUGGUGUCCCUCGUCGGAUAUUGUACUGACCAGGGUGAGAUGAUCUUGGUGUAUGACUAUAUGGCAUCUGGGACUCUGCGGGACCAUUUGUACCAGACUGAAAAUCCACCACUGCCCUGGGAACAACGUCUCCAAAUUUGUAUCGGAGCGGCGCGUGGGCUGCACUACCUCCACACUGGGGCCAAGUGCAUGAUUAUCCACCGUGACGUGAAGAGCACAAAUAUCUUGUUGGAUGAGAAAUGGGUGGCCAAGGUUUCGGAUUUUGGUCUAUCCAAGAUGGGGACGACCACCAUGUCCAAGACUCACAUCAGCACAAUGGUGAAGGGUAGUUUCGGGUAUCUUGACCCGGAGUACUAUAGACGUCAACAGUUGACUGAGAAAUCUGACGUUUACUCUUUUGGAGUAGUCUUGUGUGAGGUUCUGUGUGCAAGGCCAGCUCUGAUACGAACUGUGGAGAAGAAGCAGAUGAGCCUAGCUGAAUGGACAAAGAGUUGUCACCGAAAUGGCUCGAUCAAUCAAAUCAUUGAUCCAAACCUGAGGGGAAAGAUCGCAGCCACAUCUCUGAAUAAGUUCGUCGAGCUUGCAGUGAGUUGUAUGAAUGAUAAUGGAAAUGAGCGGCCAUCGAUGAAUGACGUAGUUUGGCGGCUAGAGUUUGCAUUGCAGCUUCAACAGAGUGCUGAAGUACUCUCAGACGUGAAAAUGGAAGGUGAAGAUGAGGUUGCGUUCAUGAAAAGUAAUGAUGAUGUGAUUAAUUGCAGCUGGGAAUGCUCGUCAGAUUCUAGGGCUUGGACGCCCCCCCAAUACUCGUCGGAUUCCAAGACCAGCAGAACGACCAAAACUAGUAGCGGGGAUAUAUCAACUACCAAUGAAUCUAUCAAAGGAAUGUCUGGAACAAUCUUCUCUGAGAUCAGGGAUCCCACUAGUAGCUUCCUCUGUUUUCAACUUCAUCCUCAUUGUCACCAUUUGCUACCUACCAUGAAACCAAUCAUCAUUCCACUCUACCUCUCCUUGUUCCUCCUAACCCUCACUCUCUUCGUCGCCGGUCAGUCGCCACCAUACACUCCGGUUGACGAUAUCACCCUCGCCUGCGGCAGUUCCGGCCAGCAGACCGCCAAUGACAACAGGAAAUGGAGCGGCGAUGUUAACUCCAAGUUCACCCCAAUAGGGGACGCAUCUGAAACCAUAGGUGCACCGCCGUCUUCCUCAGCCAGCCAACUCCCAUACACCAAAGCUCGGCUCUCUCGAAACCCCUUCACUUACACAAUUCCCCUAUCUCCCGGCCAAAAGUUCAUCCGCUUGCAUUUCAAUCCAGACACGUACAACCAUAAUUUCCAACGCUCCAACUCCCUCUUCUCCGUCACCGCCGGCGGCUUCACUCUUCUCAAAGACUUCAACGCCUCCGUCACAGCCGACGCUUCCAUCGACGGGUCCCCGCUGGUCAGGGAGUUCUGUGUUAACAUCGAACCAGGACAGAGACUCAACAUCACAUUCACCCCAAACAAAGAUGCUUACGCUUUCAUCAACGGAAUCGAAAUCGUAUCCAUGCCCACCAGUCUGUACUAUACUUCCUCAUCUACAACUCCACCUAAUUUCAUUGAAGCCACGGCAGGGUCAUAUCUGAUAAAAAACAACACAGCUCUGGAGAUGGUGUACCGAAUCAACGUCGGGGGAGCCCCCGUCUCGCCAAACGACGACACUGGAAUGUACCGGACAUGGGAAGCCUCCGACCAAAGUUAUUUGGAUCAAAGGAGUAAAAAAUUUAGCGUACUGCCACAGAACAUCACCAUCGAGCUCAACUUCGAAAAAAUUCCAGAGUACUCUGCCCCCAAACCAGUUUACGUGACAGGUCGGUCAAUGGGGACGAACAAAACCAUCAACAAGAGCUAUAACCUGACAUGGAUAUUUCCCUUGGAUCCCAAAUUUUAUUACCUGGUGAGACUCCAUUUCUGUGAGUUUGAAUCUGAUAUUACCAGAUAUGGAGAUCGAUCGUUUCAAAUCUUCAUGGCCAAUCAAACAGCAGAAGAACUUGCAGAUGUCAUCGGAUGGAGUGGAGCAAAUGGGAAUCCAGUUUACAGAGACUACGUUAUGUCCAUGUUUCCUCCGAUUGGAAGCCAGAAGAAGGUGAACUUCUUUCUAGUACUUGCUGCGCUCCAGAACGAUAGAUAUACUAAUUACAACGAUGGAAUCUUGAACGGACUUGAAAUCUUCAAGCUCAACGACUCGAGUGGCAACCUUGCCGGACCCAACCCCGACCCAAGACCUCUAGUGAACUUACCGAAGGUGCCACCAAAGAGCCCUAGUAAGAAAAAGUCUGCUCCCAUGAUAGCUAUCAUUGCCGGUGUAGUUUCCGGGUUACUGGUGCUCUCUGUCCUCGGAUUCUUUGUUUUCCAGCGUGGGAGAAAGUCAAAGGAGUACUUUAGCACAAGUCAAGCAAAGUGGGGUGUCAUUUCUUCUACAACGACUAACCAGUCCACUACGUCUUACGGUUCAUCUCUGCCGUCCGAGCUGUGUCAUUAUUUUUCAUUGGCGGAGAUCAGAGCCGCCACUCAGAACUUUGACGAUUCCAACAUUAUUGGGCUCGGCGGGUUUGGCAACGUGUACAAAGGCGCCAUCAACGGAGCGGACGGAGCCUCCACGCCGGUAGCGAUCAAACGGCUCAAAGGCGACUCAAUGCAAGGGUUCAUCGAGUUCCAGACGGAGAUCAACUUGCUCUCCCAACUCCGUCAUCUCCAUUUAGUGUCUCUUGUCGGAUAUUGUAACGACGAGGGAGAGAUGAUUUUGGUGUAUGACUACAUGGAAAAUGGGACGCUACGUGAUCAUUUGUACAACUCAAAAAAUGUGGCUCUUUCUUGGGAGCAAAGGCUUCAAGCUUGUAUUGGCGCGGCGCAUGGGUUGCACUACCUUCACACCGGUGCCAAGUGCAUGAUCAUUCACCGUGAUGUGAAGAGCACCAACAUCUUGUUGGACGAUAAAUGGGUGGCGAAGGUCUCUGAUUUCGGGUUGUCGAAAAUGGGUCCAACCAACAUGACCAAGACCCACAUUAGCACCAUGGUCAAGGGCAGUUUCGGAUAUCUCGACCCGGAGUACUACCGGCGACAGCAGUUGACUGAGAAGUCCGAUGUGUACUCAUUUGGCGUAGUAUUGUGUGAAGUAUUGUGUGCUAGACCGGCUUUGAUACGAACAAAGGAGAAGAAACAGAUGAACCUAGCUGCAUGGUUUAAGACCUGUCACGACAAUGGAACACUGGACCAACUCAUUGACCCAAAUUUGAAGGGUAAGAUUGUGGAUGUGUGCUUGAACAAGUUUGUUGAAACUGCAAUUAGUUGUAUGCAUGAUAAUGGGAAUGAACGACCAUCCAUGAAUGAUGUUGUAUGGGCUCUUGAGUUUGCAUUGAAACUUCAACGGACUGCAGAUGGUUCGGAUUUGGAUAUCGAUGCCGGAAAGAAGGGUGAACAUGAGGCUACAAUGGUGAAUGAUAGUGGUGAAGGGCUAAGUAGCACAUGGGUGGACUCAUCAAGUUCUAAGAACAGUAGGGUGACUAUAUCUAGUAGCAGUGACCAAAACUCUACUGCCAGUGAAUCCAUCAAAGGGUUAACAGGGACAGUCUUUUCCGAGAUCUAUGAUCCAAAUGGAAGAUAAAGAACAUCAGCAAAGCAAUGCAAGGUUGUUUAUGCAGUGUAUACGUGUCUUGUUUAUGUAAUAUGCAGUUUUCUCGGAUCGAAGUUAGUAGUGUACGUGAUGAUAUAUUAUUGAACAAGCAUAGUUGCUAAGGGUUUGAACUUAAACGGAAUUUUGG